AGGCGCGGUUCUUCAAGAUUGAAUUUGUGUAUACAAAUUUUGAAAUCUCCAUUCAUCAGUAUCUUCGACUGCCCUGCGACUUUGAGAUUUUCUUCAAAUCUACUAGUGAAAAAAUGAUUCGAGUGGGAUUCCUCGUUCUACUCUGCGCUGGAGCUUUAGCCCAACCAGCGGUUACGCCUACGCAAGCGUCUACGUCUUCGUAUAUGGAUACAGCUGCGAAUUCGCCUACGUAUCAACCUACGCAACCGCCAUCCUAUCAGCCCACUUAUCCGCCCGUCUAUCCGCCCAACUAUCCGCCGAACUAUCCGCCCAACUAUCCGCCCAACUAUCCGCCCAACUAUCCGCCCAACUAUCCGCCCAACUAUCCGCCCAAGUAUCCGCCCACCUACCCGCCCAACUAUCCGCCCAACUAUCCGCCCACCUACCCGCCCAACUAUCCGCCCACCUAUCCGCCUACGUAUUCUGAUACUUGUUCAAGUAUUACAUUAAUGGAGGAUUUUGAUGUGCCAAGUUACCUAGGACGCUGGUUCGUAGUAGCGAAAUAUGCUUAUGAUGGUAAUAUGUACUCACGAUGUAUCGAAGUUGAUCGAAGCCAGACGGAGAACGAUGAUGGUUCAUUCGAUAUUGAAAUCACCCAAGUAUCCAUGUCAAGCGGCAUUGAAUUAACAUUGGAUGGCGUUGCGAUAUUCGAUGAAUAUGAAGCAAAAUAUACUACACGAUAUGAAAAUAUAGAUGGCACUAAAGAACAUCUGAUUGUAUAUACGGACUACGAGAAUGUUGCCAUCCAACUCAAUUGCAAGGAUAAAGCAGUUAAUGGAUUGAACAAUGUUUUUAUUUUGGCAAGACAGCAAUAUCUUGAAUCAGAAUAUUUAGACGAUGUUUGGCAAAUUUUAGAUGAUAACCAGCUAUCCGGAGUGGCAAUGUAUUUUGAAGAUUGGGAAAGUUGUCCAAGCAAGACCUGCUAAUCCGUUUUUCAGACAAAUUUUGCCUUUGUAAAAUUUCCCUUAUAUGAAAAUUGAUCUGUUUAAACUUUUUUGAUGGACAAUCGAAUUAAAAUUCAAAAUAGUUAUUUUCACAAUUGUUACUUCCAGUUUUCUACUGAUGAAAUAUUAUGAAUUCAUUUUCAUAUUGCUACUAACUUAUUUUAGCAAUGACAUGUAAUAUCUUCAAUUACCAGUAAAUAUUUUGUUUGAUCCUUA